AUGUUAGGUGUUCAUAGUUUUCGGCAGACAAGUCGAUAUUUCAUUUUGAAUGCAACACGAUCAAGCUUCUCGACAGUACGACAGGCAAAGCAGACGGAAAGUAAUCCAACGAAUGUCGAUCAGUUGAAUACCACAGCAAGAAAAAUCGGUGAUUAUGAAGCAAUACCUUCGAACGACCUCUUAGAAGCGAAACGAACCAUCAGAGACGAAAAGAAUGAUCCAGCACUAGUCGUUACAAGUACGGAAAAGUUCGUUACUGGUUUUUCUCCAUUACAACCCACUUCAUCAUUGACACCGACCGGUCAUGGACUUUUUCAAGAUGCUAAAGCAUUUAACACAUCGAUUUCACCAGGUACACCAGUUGUUCCGAGUAAAACACCCAUAAUCGAGGAAGACUCACCAAAAAAAGACGAUCAAAUUCCAUCCUCUGGCUUUUCGGCGUUCCUUCGAGGUAUUAGUUCCGGUUUACCUUUAUUUCCCUCGAGAAAGAACCGCUCGUCUCCUGUUAAUAUUACAACAACGCGUGAAUAUUUUCUACCAUUAACACGUCCUUCAAUCAUUCGUUUACUUGCGACUGAUUCUCAGUUCAUCGACGAUGAAGAAGAUCGAACUUUAUUUCAUGAACUUUGUCAAGGUUUCGACAGUGCUGUUGUUCAGCAUUAUUACCCCAUUCUGAACGAAUUAAAACAUCUCUUCAAUCCAUUGAAUCCCGAUGAUGAAACACUCGACAAUCGUCGAAUAUCCUAUCGCGAUCGUUUAGAUAACGAAUAUUGGCUGUUACAAAAAAUUAAUGAUCUACUCCAUCGUGCGAACUUCACUGAACUUCCACGUCAAGUAUUUUUAGAUAAAUUUCUCCUUCAUCAAGAUUCUGUGCUAUCGUCGAACCUGAAUGUGAAAAUCGAUGGACACGAUUAUGAUGUUUUAAAAUAUUGGAUACUCGGGCGAGAACAUAUGCCAAUCGAAAUGAAAUCUUGGUGGAAAAGACUUUUUCGCAUAGGUCAUUCAGCCACUUCAAGAGAUUAUUUCAAACGUGUUGUUAUUGCUAUACGCUUGAAAGGACACGAUCGAUUAUACAUCAAAGCAUUUCGAGAUAUUCCACUAGCAAAUCUAACCCAAUUGUUACCAACGGGAAAGUUACAAAUCGGAAAUUUCGAGCAACAAUUGGUACGCUUGACUAUUCUUCUUGGUGCUAGUACCACUGUCACACAUUUACUGACAAAAAUGGCGGAUUAUCAUGUACCAGGAUUGAUUCUGAGCGGCAGUAGUUUGACGUUGUUGCUUGGACUUUGGUCAGUCAGUAGUUUUUAUCGAUCGAAGAUCAAUUAUCUAGCGACGAUGAAUCGAAUGUUAUUUUAUAAAAAUAUUGCGUCAAAUAAACAACUAUUAGCGAUGAUUGUCGAUCGUGCGGAGGAUGAACUGAGCAAAGAAAUUUUACUUGUUUAUAUGUUUAUACUACAAAAACAGCAGAAAAAUACUGACUUAACCAAGAAAAAUCUUGAAUUAGAAAUUGAAAAUUGGGUUCGAUUAAAAUCAAAUGCACACAUCACAUUUAACAGUACUCAAGCGAUUGAAUUCCUUCGUAAAAUCGGUAUUCUUUUACCAGAUGACAUUUCACGCCCCAAUCAUUUACAAGUUCUGCCGCUUAAACAAGUUGUUCGUGUUCUUCCCAAAGCAUCGCGAACACUGAGUGAGAAAACUGAAGAGUGGGAUUUAGUUGAAGGUUAUGACAAGAAAUAUUUCGAAUUGGAUUGGAAAACCGUAUUGAAUGAAGAGAAACUGCUUAACAAGGGCGGAUGGCAGUGA